CUCCAUUAUUUAAACGCCAAUAUACCAACACCAAAGAACAACUCUCAAAUUGUAGCACUAAUACCUUGGCCUUCUUAAAUUUCAUAAUUUGCCUCUUUCAGUUACUAAUAAUAUGAUGAUGAAGAACAACUUUGCCUCUUUCAGUAAGAAACUUGAGCCUUUCUAUGGUAGUCCCUCUAAAAGAUCACUCAGCACCUUAUUUAGCUACCUACUCUUUCGUUCUAACAUUUUUUUCGUUCAGCUUAGUUACUUCUUAACCUUAUCGCUGGUGGGUUAUUUGGCUUUGAGUGUCUUCACAAAGCCAAGAACUUCUAGUAGUACUCACCCUUUCAUCCCCAAUGAGUUAGAUCUGUUCUUCACUUCUGUCUCAGCAGCUACUGUUUCAAGCAUGUCAACCAUCGAAAUGGAGGUUUUGUCCAAUUCCCAGCUUAUUAUUCUCACCAUCUUAAUGUUAUUGGGGGGAGAAGCCUUCAUUUCCAUGCUUGGAAUCCAAAUAGAAAGGUCCAAAUUUCCCAAACACCAAAAUACAGAUACCACCAUAACCGUUAAUGACAUGAAAAAUUCUAAGUCAAUACUUGAGCAAAUCGAGCUAUAUAGCAUCUCACAUUCAUGUCCAGAGAAAGAUGAGUAUUCCAACAAUCUCUUUGACAUCCACAAUAAUAAUGAAUCUCUAAAAAAUAAUUCUGUUAGGUAUUUGGGUUAUGUCGUUUUGGGGUAUCUCAUAUUAGUUCAUCUAGUUGGUUCAGCCUUGCUUUCUUCAUACAUAAGUCUUUUUUCCUCAGCAAGGGAAGUACUCAACACCAAAGGCAUCAAAACACAAACAUUUUCCGUGUUCACCAUAGUUUCUACCUUCGCAAACUGUGGAUUCGUUCCCACCAACGAAAACGUGAUUGUUUUCAAGAGAAAUUCAGGGCUCUUGUUGAUCCUUAUUUCUCAAAUCCUUCUAGGCAACACUUUGUAUCCGGUGUGCCUUCGUUUAAUAAUUUGGAGUUUGGGAAAGAUAACAAAGAGAAGAGAGUUUGGUUACUUGUUAAGAAACUGUAAGGAAAUAGGUUAUGACCAUUUGCUCUCUAGUGUUCAGUCAACUCUUCUUGCCUUGACUGUAUUUGGGUUCAUAUUGGUGCAACUCAUACUAUUCUGCUCUCUGGAGUGGAAUUCGGAAGCCAUGGAUGGUAUGACAUUCUAUCAGAAAUUCGUGGCCGCUUUGUUUCAGGUUGUCAAUUCAAGGCAUGCAGGGGAAUCGGUGGUCGAUAUAUCUACUAUUUCUUCAGCAAUCUUGGUGCUCUUCGUCGUCAUGAUGUAUCUUCCUCCAUAUACUUCCUUCUUCCCCAUAAAUUACAAAGAUCAUCAAAAGAAGGUUUCCUCAGAUGACAAUAAUACUAGUACUGGUCAUGGAAGAAAGACUUUAUUAUUGGAGUGUUUCAUAGUCUCACCACUCUCUUAUUUGUCCAUCUUUGUCAUUCUUAUUUCUAUAACGGAGAGAAAAAACAUGAAGAACGAUCCCCUCAACUUUAACGUCUUAAACGUUAUCAUUGAAGUAGUAAGCGCAUAUGGUAACGUUGGCUUCUCAACUGGCUAUAGCUGUAAACGACGACUCCAACAAGAGGGUGAUUGUACAGACAGGUAUUAUGGCUUUUCUGGGAAAUGGAGUUCUGAAGGAAAGUUUAUCUUAAUCAUUGUCAUGUUUUUUGGAAGACUUAAAAAGUUUAGCUUUAAAGGUGGCAAAGCUUGGAAGCUGUCUUAACUAAUUUAGCUCGAAAUGUUACGAUCUUUAUGUAUUAUUAGUUAACCUUUUGUAUGAACUGAAACUAUGAAUUAUGAGUAUGCAUACAUAUAGCCUUGGAUUAUAUUCCGUUCACGGAACGGUUCAGUCAGAAAAUAGUCAAAGGGAGCCUCAAUUUGUACUAUUAUUGGACUUACAUUGUAACACUAUGUAGAAAUUAGAUCCAGUAGCCACUUUUAGGUAA